AUGGUUGCAUCACAUAUCUCCAAGACCAGAAAGUUGGUCGCUGACGGUGUUUUCUACGCCGAGUUGAACGAGUUCUUCACCAGAGAGUUGCCUGAGGAAGGUUACGCUGGUGUUGAGGUUAGAAUUACCCCAACCAAGACUGAUGUUAUCAUCAGAGCUUCGCAGACCGCUAUGGUUCUUGGUGAGAAGGGUAGAAGAAUUAGAGAGUUGACCAUGUUGCUCCAGAAGAGAUUCCACUUUGCCCCAGGUUCGAUCGUCUUGUACGCCGAGAGAGUUAGAGACAAGGGUUUGUCUGCUGCUACCCAGUGUGAGUCUUUGAGAUUCAAGUUGUUGAACGGUUUGGCUGUCAGAAGAGCCGCUUACGGUGUCAUCAGAUUCGCCAUGGAGGCCGGUGCCAAGGGUGUUGAGGUUAUCAUUGCUGGUAAGGCCAAGGGUGCCAGGGCUAAGGCUAUGAAGUUUGCCGAUGGUUUCAUGAUCCACACCGGUCAGCCAGCCAAGGACUUCAUCGAUGUUGCCUGCAGACACGUUUUGAUGAGACAGGGUGUCUUGGGUCUUAAGGUUAAGAUCAUGCUUGACCCAGCCACCUCCCAGAGAGGUCCAAAGGCUUUGCCUGAUGCCGUUAUUGUUCACGAGCCAAAGGAAACCGAGGCAAUUGAGACUCCAUUCGUCAAUGUUGUCGGUGGUGAUAACACUGAGGUUAAGGAUGUUCCUGCUGAGGAUGCUGAAGCUGCUCCAGUCGAAGAAGCUGCUCCAGCUGAGGAGGUUGCUCCAGCUCCAGAGGCUUAA